CCAGUCCUAGAUGAAGCAUCCAUACAAAUUGAGCUAGAAGAAGAAGAAAAAAUGCAACAAGAAAUGAACAAAAAAAAACAAAAGAUUGAUCAAGAUCUCGUAAUGGAAGAGUAUUUAAAUACUAUAGAAAUGGGAGCUGUUUCAGAAGAGCUUAAUACAUUACUACAGCGAUACACUAUGAUAUACCGCAUACGAAACCAUUGGGAAAUACACCACGGGCCGAAAAAUAAGAUAUACAAUGAAGUAAAAAAUGAUAAAACUAUACAAACGAUACUUAAAAAAUACAAAAUAACGGAUGGAAACCUAGCAACUUGCCCUGAUUGUCAAUAUUCAAAAAAUUUGGAAGAAGACACUCAAUUGUCAGUCGACACAUUGGAUGAUAUGAACAAACAUUGGAAGCUUCACAAUGUAGAUGACAAUGACACAAAAAGGAAAAGAAAUAUACAAAACAGACUGCAGAAUUUAAGGGAAAAAAGACGAGAAGCUGCAACGCAGAUAUCACAUCAAGCGGAAAG